UUGUCAGAUCAUAAAAUCAAUUGUUUGCUAUCAGUAGUUUUAUGUUUUGAAUACAUUUCUGUCUACUGAAUAUCUCAAAUAAAUAAAUUAAUUUAAUCUUGUGUUUAAGUUAAAGUGUUGUUUGAUUAUUGUAAAUAAAUAAAAUGUCAACGUCUACUAUUUUGCGUGUAAAACGCCGGCUUGAUGAAAACCCGCAAGAUGCUUUAGUACUUGUUUGUAAGCGAAUGAAAACGGAUAAGGACGAAAUAUCCCCUUCACUAUUUGUAUUUAGAGGAAGUGUUGAAAACCAGGAAAAUACGCAUGUAAAAAAUAUAGUACCGCAAAGUAUCCCAUUAAAGCGUUCAACAAGUGUGAGCAAUAUCAUUCAGAAGAUCCGUAAGGAAAGAAAAGAUGUUGCGAAUGAGAGUCGUUAUGAAAUUGUGAAUUGUAGCCGUGGCCUCGCUCAGUGCAACUCUGACAAUUAUGAUCUAGUUGAUCUGGAAAAGAAAGAUGGGAAAGAAGAUGCACAGUAUACCUACGAUCUGUAUACACCGGUCAAGGAGGACUUUGAUAUAGCCAUGUUGGAUAAUCUUGUCAGUAUUGAGGAUUACAGAACGGAUCUCGUAUUUGGUACGUAUCGGGAUUGUGAUAAUGUGGAGUCUGAUGAAGACAGCGAAGAUUCCAACGCUGAGAACGACUGGAGGAAUGAAUACCCUGACUCGGAUCCCAGCAGCAUCGAUGAGGGGGACAUGAUAAAGGCUGUGGAGAACUGUAAUAUAGAAGACGAUCUUUCGAGUGAUGAGGAAGAGGCACAAAUUUAUGACGAACAGCCAGAUCUGUUCAAGGAGGAUGUGAAACGUUUUGGAGCGGCGUACGCCAAGUACAAGGCGAAGGUCUUAGCCGAAGGAGAUAUAAGUGACAGCCAGAGUUACGUGCACUGCACCGUUAAAGAGAUGGAUGAUGAUUACAAAGAUGGCAGCGAUGAUGGCUUCUACUACGGCCAGGAGGAGGACUCGGAACAGUUCAAGGAACAGUACGAAGAGGACUCUGACGAGAAGGAGGAUCACGAUGCCGAUUUGGACGAAUAUAACCCAGAUUGAAGUCAUCGUCUUAUUUCCUAAGUGUAAUCGCUCUGUUAUGUCCAUAUCAAAUCAUUAGUUUUAUAAAACUGUUUCUUGAUCUUAAUAUAAACUAUAUUUUAAA